AUGGCCUUUACAGCGAACAUUCUUCGAGUACCAUUUUCCAAGCAGGAAGAUAAGAAACUUGCAGACCUUGUUAGCUUAUUAGGUGAAAAUAAUUGGAAUGAGAUUGCAGAAAGUUUACCUGGUCGAAAUCCCAGACAAUGCAGAGACAGAUGGAUGAAGCAUCUUUCUCCUAAUAUCAAUUUAUCUCCAUUCACAGAGGAGGAAGAUGCAAAAUUGCUCAAAUUAAGGGAAAGAUUUGGACCAAAAUGGACUGUCCUUGUAAAAUAUUUUGAUCACAGAACAGAUAACAGUCUUAAAUCACGUUAUAAAAAGCUUUUACGCCAAAAGAAGAAGCAAGAAGAGGCAAAAUCAGAAGCAGAUUUAGAGCAAAAGAAAGAAAUUAGUGCAAUAAAGGAAAAUUCAGAAAAAGUAGAUGACAUGAUAAUGGAAGUUUUCGGCGAUUGUGAGAAAAUACUGGAUGGCGGUGAAUUUUUUAACUUUAUAUAA